AUGAGAGGAAGCCCUUGGCUCAGCAGCUCAGCCGAGCCUGGUUCUAAUCAGGCAUGUGCUUUUUUUCCCCCUCAGUUUCCUCACAUUGGAUUAACACAGAAGACACCAGAAUCUAUUACCAGUGGGAUGUUAAAAGAGCCCCACUGUCCACAUUUGAUCGGGCAAUUGGAGAGUAAACUGCCACCAAUAUUCAAAAUCCGGGAGAAGCAAGCGGUCAAUAACAGCUUCCCCUUCUCCAUGCACGACAAUCGCCACAGUUUCGAGAACACUGGAUACUAUUUUGACACUGGCCUGGGUCGUAAGAAGAUUUCUGCAGACAAAGGGCAACAUGUUUCUAGAAAUUUCAAUCUCUGGGCUUGUGACUACAUUCCAUCUUGUCUUGAUGGCUUUCCAAAUAAGCCAAUACCAGGUGUGGGCACGGAGGCUGUGGUGAUCUCCAGCUUCAGACGCUUCCCGAGAUGUUACAGUGAGGGGUGGAAUGCUCUUAAAUUUAUUCCAGAGACAAGCUGUGCAGAGUUAUUAAAACGAAAAUCAAAAGUAAGAUUGGGUGCUGACCAAAAGGCUAUUUUGCCAAAAAUCCUCCCAGAAGAUUCUUGAUAAGUUUUAUAAUAUUAGUAUUUCAUCAGACAUUCUAAAAGUAAAUGUUUUCUGGUUUAGCACUAUGAUUUAAUCUGCAAAAUACUUUUAUGACUUCUCAUAAGGUUGGAAAGCAUUCAACUCCUUAUAAAAUAAAGGCAUGGGAAGCAAUAGACAUGUCAAAAGAACCUUUUAAGACUGUCACCUUUAGGGGAGUUUAAAAAAUUAUCUUCUUCAUUUUCAACUUUAAGUUACAACGAAUACAGAGAAAGCAAAAGGUCCUCUUGUUCCACCUCAUCUCUGAUCUUUAUCCUGUUCCUAAAAGUUGUUUCUGUUCUGUGCGUGCACAAUCACAUGCACGGGCAUACAUGCAUAAGAAUGUGGACAUAAUCAUGUCUCAAAGGACAUGACAUUCUCCAAGUUUCUUUUGAUAUUUUAUCACAUAUCUUGGAGUUGUUGCAGCAUCAGUAUAAAUAGACUGAGAGACAAA